CAGCCCCUGCGUUCUCCUCUCUACUUCCUCGCUCCCUCCUCUUGUAAUUUAUUCAUUGGUGCCUCCUCUGGUAGAGCAUUGAGGAGAAAGAAGCGGGGAACCAGAUGAAGACUUUUUCUCCACUUUGGGAGUCUGCAGCGGUGGACCGUCGAACAUUUACCAUGCCUUUGUCAACCAACAGUGAUGUACGUGGAUCCUAAACAGGUUCUCAGUAUCAACUGAAAAAUAUCAUAGAAAUUGGUCCUUUUUUCUACUGGAUACACAGUAACCAUCAUCAUCAUUAUUAUCAUGGAAACCUCAAAAAAUAUUUUAAAACGACAGAGAGAUAUCAUCCAAUCAGAAGGUCCAGUUACAAGGGAGGAUGGGCUUGAAGAUAAUCUCUGCAACAUAGAUGCUAAUACAAAACUUGAACUGGAACCUAACUUUAACCUUAACCUCAAUAUUACCUCACCAAGCAAUCCCCGCGCAUUCAUCGAGUCCUCAAAGCUGCAUGGGGGACAGAAAAAGGAUAAUGUGACCAAAGAAGGUGAAAAACCUGGGGUGAAAGUAGCAGUAAGUAUGUCAGCAAGCAUCCUUACACCCACUGUGACAUCACCAGGAGAGAGAGAUGACCCAUCACGGCAAAAAAGCAAAAUCCCAGCUUUGUCUCGUUCACCAACAGCUAAGCCAACGGUUAGAUGCAGAGAUGAGCAGCUUCUGAAAUCAGCAAAUAUCAAACAUGCCCCAGGACUUAGCACCAAGAUGCACACAAGUCUAAAACCACAGCAGAUGGAGCAAACAACAAUGGCUAGCAUCCCCAAAAGUACUGAAAGAAUAAAAAUACAGAGCCUGAACACUACAAAAUCUCUGACAGGUGGACUAACCACAAAGACUACAAAUAAAAUAACAGUCAGUCUAAGUAUGCAGUCAAACCAAAAAGAGGAUGGGGGGAAAGUGAUCAAGACACCUUCGCCACAAACUUUACACCUACCUGCAAGCCCCCAAAUUCCUAACCAGAAAGCAGAGGCAAAGGCUAUCAGCUCAAAACUGGCAAAUCAAAUACCAAUAGUGGAAGUCAACCAAAACCCAGCGAGCAUAACCAGCAAGUCAAAUCCAAAAACUGGGCAUGACUCAAGAACUCAUAGUUCUGAAACAUCCUCUACAGCUACAAAAUCACCAAGUCCGAGGGGAGAAUCAGCACUUCCGAGUAACAAGAGCACCCUAUUGACGUCUGUAAGUCCCAAGCCAUCCACACAGAGAACAGCCACCGGACCUAUAAACAGUAAUACAAUGAAACCAAAGGAGAACCUUGAGAGUAAAGAUUCAAGUGCUGGUUUUGGAUGCAAAACCAGUUCUAAAUUCAUUUCAAACUCUAAGGGAACCACAGUGUCCAAGGACAGUCUGGUUUCUAAAACUGGCACUGAUUCCAAAGCCAGUCACAAUUCUAAAGCACAGAUUGGGUCAAGAAACAGUUUAGAUUCCAAAAGUGGUUCGGCUUCCAAAACAAGUUCAGACUCUAGGGAUAGUUUAGAUCUUAAAAAUGACUUCACUUCCAAAGCCACUCCCAACUUUAAGUCAGGGAUGAGCUCCAGAGAUAGCAUUGACUCUAGAAAUAUGUCAGAUAUUAAACCAAACAAAACUACUCAAGAGUCUAAGACAGCUGGGGCCUCUAGAACCAGCAUGGCAAGGUCAAAAGAUGACCAAGAUCCCAAAUCUCUGCCAAAUUCAAAAAUCAAUCUUCAAACUAGCCCAACUGCUAAAUGUGGGACUGCUUCUAGUUCUGAUGCCUCUUCCAAUUAUAAAGCUGAGCCAACACGGUCAACUUCUAUGUCUACUUUAACAAACUCUAGCUCUAAAAUAGACCUUGUCAGAUCUGUUUCCCCAUCAUCCAUUAGAACCAGUCUGUCUGGGUCCAAAGAUGACAACCUCAAGACUUCAGCAUCCAGUACCAAACAAGGUACGGACCCUAAAGCUGGAUCAAACAUUUUCAAGUCUGGACCAGUUCACUCUACUUCAAAACUAGCUUUGAGGGAUUUGCCCUCUUCCUUGACACUGUCUCCAAGACCAGGCUCAGCAAGUAGGAGUCCUGGAUCUUGUGCUGGGAAAACUCUUGAUUCAAAUCCUAUUGGACCACACAGAGAUGCCCAGAUAAGCCCUGGCUCUGCUCCAGGUGUUUCUGCGAUUUCAGGCCCACUGGCUACUUCCAGCCCCAAAACCAGAACCACCACUCCCUUGACUACAAUGGGAGGAACCAUAAAUGAACUUGCAGCGUGUGUAACUGUGGAAACAAAUCCCAGCAGUGUAUCUCAUAAUACCUCUCUGACUCGGGGUCUCACUUUUGACUCUAUCACUAAGACACAAGCAAAAAUGGGUGCUGACGUCAAAGAAAAGCAUUUAAAAGUGCCUGAGAGAAAAGCAGCAGCUGUAGGAGGAACAUUAGAAUCCCAGGGGGCUGUGACUGACAAUGCAGCACGGUCAACAGGAGGUGCUGCGAGAAUACCAGAGGGUCUGCUGAGUAAAACUGGCCACCUGGGAGAGCCAAAUGCCACAAUUGCUGGUAGCAACACCUCUUCAUCGAGGACAGAGAGUGUGGAGAGAAAAAUCACAGAGAAAAAAAAACAAGAGAGGGGGAGACAGAGACUGGAUCAGGGUAGUUCUUUUUAUCCUGUUUCCACCAUUACAGCAAACCACAAGAAGGUCAGAGAUAUGGCGACCAUGACUGACCCAAGGGAGAGCCUUUAUCCAUUGGCAGGAGGGCAAAGAGAAGUUGCUGUCCAAGUGGAGGUGGAGGUUGUGGAACGGUCAGCAUCCACCAGUCCCAGCUUCUACCAGGGAGGUAUCACCUCCUCUCUCAUUGGCUCACCUAGCUGUCAGUCAGGUAGUUUGAUUUUGCCAACAGUUCCAUCCCUUUGCUGUAUCCCAGCUACUCAGAAACCUGUCCAGCAUAUCUGCAAGAUUGACAUUGAGUUGCGUAGCCAGUCAUUACUUCCGUCAGCUGUGACAAACAAGGCAAACUCCCUGCCUGCCUGUUUGCGUACAUACAGCUUUCAGAAAAGCCCUUCUCUCAUGUCGGGGCAACAACUAGGACAAAACCAAGACAGAGAUGUUAGCACUGAUAGCAUGUGGAAAUAUGGGGAGCAGGAGGAGACAAAGAUGGUGCAGAAGGUGGUGGAAGAAAAUGGGGAUAAGGAGGAGACAGAAAAGCCACAGGACGUAGCAUGGGAUGAGCAAGGGAUGACAUGGGAGGUGUAUGGCGCCUCUGUGGACUUGGAAUCUCUGGGCACAGCAAUCCAGUCCCACUUGGAGUCAAAGAUUCAGGAGCAGGAAAAACACAUCAGGAGUCUGAGGAAGUCCAUCUGCUCUGACAGUAGCCUCAAAGGGUUAAAGAUGAAGAAGCGGAAGAAGAGGACAGGAAGGAUGCUGAGUUGCUGCAGGAAGGCAUCCGCUGUGGCAGACUGAGAGCAGUCUAGAAACAUCAAACCCCUCUGAGAUAUGACUCUAAAACAGAAAUGCUCUUAAAUGGAGAAGUCUGCAAUGUAUGCACAGCACAUGUGUUUACUGCACUUUCCUAUUCAUAUCACCCCAUGUCAUCUUACACCUUGUGCAACUAUCACUCAGAAUAACCCGAUCAGAUCUUCUGUUCUUCCCAUCACAGUCAUCUUCUUGUGCACCUCUGAAUCACUUUGACAACAGCUACUGUAUUUAGAUGGUUCUACAGAAGUCCUACUCUGACCACUCUCCAUUGACAAAUGUUGAAACUUCAUCAGAGCUAGAAGAGCUCCAGAGAUACACAAGGAGCUAACCUUGAAGCACCCAAUGAUUAAAUGUAUAUCAAGUAAGGGUCUUGCUUUUUGUGAGUGUUAGAAAUAGGGAUCUUGUACCUGGAGCAAGACCAAAAUGGAGAGUAAAUGCACAGUUAAUGGAUACCUCAACUAAACGCGAAUCUGUCAUUCGAUCAUCAUUUACAGAGCUGAAAGCUGACCAGCUUAGCAUAAUGAUUAAAAACAGUAGGAAACUCCUGGAGGUGAAAGGUAAUAUUAUAUUAGCUACUAAAAUCACUUGCAUGUACACUAACAUUGCUACAUGUAAUUCUUACUGCUGCUCACUCUCACAUCGUACUUCUACCGUUUUGCUAUGACUUUUACCACUCCCACUGCUAGUUUUCCAACAAUAUCAGUACAGGUUUAAAAAUUUAUUACAGUUUCAUUAAACAGCAGUAAGAGCAGGAGUCAGUGGUGCUCCAUUUUGUGUGCUUCUUCCAGUGUUUCAUAUUCAAACAGCCAGUGGUUAUUGAUGUGGAGCAGAGAGGACAGCAGCUCUGCUGCUGCUGAAUAUUUCAUCCACUUUCUUUUUGACAAAGCACUCAGGCAGCCGGGAUCCCAGACUGCCUCGAGUGAGCCACUAAAUUGUUUCCGGCAGAUUGUUGUAUCUUUUCCUUACUCCUUUCCGUUUUAAAUAAUCCGGGCUUCCCCCUUUCCUUUCCUUUCCUUUCCUUUCCUUUCCUUUCCUUUCCUUUCCUUUCCUUUCCUUUCCUUUCCUUUCCUUUCCUUUCCUUUCCUUUCUGAUUACAUGCACUUUCUUUUCCCCUUGUUUCUCUUUUCUCAUUUGCCUUCUAUGGUUAUAAUUUAGGUUAAGUCCUCUUUUUUUGC